AUGGUUCAAGGCUUUGUCCAGUGUCUGCAGUGCUAUUAUCAGAGUGGAUGCCUGUACCGCCUGAGGGCCCUGGGAGAAAGACACAACAUGGAUUUAACUGUGGAGGGGUUUCAGUCCUGGAUGUGGAAAGGACUGACGUUUCUUUUACCCUUCCUGUUUUUUGGUCAUUUCUGGCAACUCUUCAAUAGUAUUUCCCUCUUCAACAUGGCUCAGCUCCCAGAUUGUACAGAAGGACAGGUCUUGUUGUGUGGUCUUUGUUUCCACCUUUUGUUUUUGGGGAACUUCCUAACCACUAGUCGUCGUGUCGGACUCGGGGGAGGAGAGCUGCAGAGCAUCAUCAUGGCGGACCAGGCAGCUGACGGUGACCAGACUAUACCAGUGACCAGUGAACCACUGUUCAGCAGCUUGGACUAUAUCCUCAUUUCUGUGGUGCUCUGCUCAGUCAUCUACUGGUUUAUGUCCCGCAAGAAGCCUGAACCUAUUCCCGAAUUCAGAAGCCUUGAGACAACGACUCCCACCACAAGAGAGACCAGCUUCAUUGAGAAAAUGAAGAGGACCAACAAGAACAUCAUCGUGUUCUAUGGCUCCCAGACGGGAACGGCAGAGGAAUUUGCCAACAGGCUGUCCAAAGAUGCUCAGCGCUACGGCAUGAAAGGAAUGGCAGCUGAUCCAGAGGAAUACAGCAUGGGUGAACUGUCUCGGCUGUCUGAGAUCCCCAACUCUCUGGCAAUUUUCUGCAUGGCCACUUAUGGAGAAGGAGACCCCACCGACAAUGCCCAGGAUUUUUAUGACUGGCUCCAGGAAAGUGAUGACGAGGACAUGACUGGCCUCAACUACACGGUAUUUGCCCUGGGUAAUAAGACGUAUGAACACUAUAAUGCAAUGGGGAAAUAUGUUGACAAAAGACUUGAAGAGUUGAAGGCCACUCGUAUCUUUGACCUCGGUAUGGGCGACGACGAUGGAAACCUGGAGGAAGAUUUCGUCUCAUGGAGAGAACGGUUUUGGCCCGCUGUGUGUGAGCACUUUGGCGUAGAAGCCUCAGGAGACGACGCUAGCAUUCGACAGUAUGAACUGAAGGAACACACAGACCUCAACAUGAACAAGGUGUACUCUGGGGAAAUUGGACGUUUAAAGAGUUUUGAUAAUCAGAAACCACCUUUUGAUUCCAAAAAUCCCUUCCUCGCACCGGUCACUGUCAAUCGCAAACUUAACAAAGGCGGAGAAAGACAUUUGAUGCACCUGGAGCUGGACAUAAGCGGCUCCAAGAUCAGAUACGAGUCCGGAGACCAUGUUGCGGUUUUCCCCAUCAAUGACCCCACAUUAGUAAACAAACUUGGGCAGGUCCUUGGAGUCGACCUUGAUGUUGUUAUCUCUCUCAACAACCUUGAUGAGGAAUCUAACAAGAAACAUCCGUUCCCUUGCCCCACUACCUACCGCACUGCCCUUACUCACUAUCUGGACAUCACAAACUCCCCUCGCACCAAUGUUCUUUAUGAGUUGGCACAGUAUGCUUCUGAUCCAAAAGACCAAGAAAACAUGCGCAAGAUGGCGUCGUCCUCUCCUGAAGGCAAAGCUCUGUAUCAGAGUUGGGUUCUGGAUGCAUGUAGAAAUAUUUUGGCCAUUCUGGAAGAUAUGCCAUCUUUACGGCCGCCCAUUGACCACCUGUGUGAGCUGUUACCUCGUCUCCAAGCUCGUUACUACUCCAUCGCCUCCUCUUCCAAGGUUCACCCCAACCACAUUCACAUCUGUGCUGUGGUGGUAGAGUACAACACACCGACUGGACGCACCAACAAAGGUGUUGCCACAAACUGGCUGAAGAACAAGCUGGUCUCAGACAACGGUCACAAGUCUACUGUCCCCAUGUACAUCCGCAAGUCACAGUUCCGUCUACCAUUUAAGCCUACAAACCCAGUCAUCAUGGUUGGACCUGGCACAGGGAUUGCUCCAUUCAUGGGUUUCAUCCAGGAAAGAGGCUGGCUCAAGAAGCAAGGAAAAGAAGUUGGUGAGACGGUCAUGUAUUUUGGCUGCAGACACAGAGAGGAAGAUUACCUCUAUCAGGAAGAGCUGGAGGAAGCUGCUCAAAGCGGGGUCCUGACACAGCUGCAUGUCGCCUUUUCCAGAGAUCAGGAGCAGAAGGUCUAUGUUCAACACCUCAUUAAGAAGAAUAAAGAGAACCUUUGGAAGAUGGUUCAUACAGACAACGCUCACAUCUAUGUCUGCGGUGAUGCAAGAAACAUGGCUAGAGACGUGCAGACGGCCUUCCAUGAGAUUGCAGAAGAAUUUGGAGGCAUGACUCGCACGCAGGCCACCGAUUACAUUAAGAAAUUGAUGACAAAGGGACGCUAUUCACAAGAUGUUUGGAGCUAA